CCUAGAUCUGUUAACAUGAACCACAUGCUUUAUUUUGAACACUUACAAGAAUUGCGAUUUAUAGGCUAUGCAUUAAGUUCCCAAUUUACUAUUGCUUACUUAUCUUUCAGGGCUACCCCAGAGAUGAUCAGUUUGCUGAAGAGGAACUCCUGCGGAAAGGCCCUUGAUAUUGCGCGUCAGACCAGAGACAUGCUCGGUGGCAAUGGCAUCUCUGAUGAAUAUCAUAUUAUCCGCCAUGUAAUGAAUCUCGAAGCUGUGAACACAUAUGAAGGGACACACGACAUUCACGCUCUCAUCCUCGGCCGUGCCAUCACUGGACUGCAAGCCUUCAGUGGAAAAUAGAAUUGUAGGGUUUUCACAAUAAUCACGGUGCCUAUAUGGGGUAUAGUCUAUAUUUUUUCAUUGAAAAUGCACAAGGUAUAGAUUGUGAAAUUAACGUUCCCUCAUUUUUAUUGUCUUCUAAGGGAGUGUAGAACAUAUAAGAUAGAUGUUAUUUUAAUUUUAAUGUAAAUAAGAUUUAUUCAAUGAGCAGCAUUAGAGCUCUGAAACUCAAGUUUGCAAUUUUGGCAUUUUACAGAAAUAACUUGGUUAGUUAUUCUAACCCUGUCAUGCUAUAUCGUAGAUGAGAAUAGUAUGAAAAGGUUGUCUGUUUAUAAGAUGAAACAUCAGCAUUAUUGAUUAUUAAAUUUGUUACUUUUCUAUUAAUUGAAUUGACAAGAAUCAUGAAUCUCACAAAAAUAUAUACAGGCCUAGACCUGUAAUUGAGUGCUAUGCAUGAUUUUAUCCAUAUUUUCAUUAUUACUGUUCUUUUUUUUUUACACAUAAAUAAUGUAUGAGAGGGAGUUUAUCUUCAGAUUAUUUUUGUAUUAGCUAAUGUCUCUGUUGCAGCUUUUCAAAAAAUGUAUUGAUAGGGCCUUGUUAUAGAUUAUCCUUCUGUAUGUUAUCUUUGUGAAGGAUAUUGCAUGGUAGAAUGAGUGCUUCCAUGAAUAUCAUACUCAAUGCGUGUGUCAACCUUCGUUUAUCACUAAAGAAAUAUAGAUUUGAAUAUAUGAAUUUCAUAUAC